AUGGAUAUCCUCAACAAGUUAAUAGCUUCUUAUCCAAAAUCUGGUUCGUCUACAAUGCAAAUCUAUCAAAGAUUGAAGAUCUUUCAGGCAAUUUUUGUUGGAAUCAACAGUGUGCUAUCAUUAGUGACUUUAAUUCCUGUACUAAGAUGGAGAAUUACUGGAGACCGUACAUACCUGGUUUCAUUUCCUGACUUCUUUUAUUAUGAUAAUAUCUAUCCAUUUGGUCUACUAUGGAAUAUUUAUGCUGGUAUAUUUGCAAUAGUCAUGGUAUCUUCAUUUAUGCUGUUAACAUCAAAUCUCAUAACUACUAUUUCUGUUGAGUUCUAUUCGUUAAGUGAUGAAAUCAAAAACUUGAAAAACAUGACUGAGGAUGAAAUUGAAUUGGAGUUCCCAAAAUUGAUUGAGAAUCAUCAAAAUAUAUUUCAGCUAGUUCAGGAAUUGAGUGACAUUUUUUCAAAGACAUUUUUCUUUCGCUUCAUUGUUAGCGCCUCAAUUAUUGGACUCAACUUGUUUCAACUUAAAACAACUGAGAAUAUUUUUGAAAGUUCCAUUUUCCUCAUCUAUACAUGCUUUGAACUUGGUCAAGUGUUCCUUCAAUGCUACUUUGGUCAGUUUUUGACUGAUGCAAGUGAAAUUAUUGCUGAUGAAAUUUACAAUUGUGGUUGGGAGAAUUGGCAAAAGAUUAGUUUGAAGAAGAAGUUGGUAAAUGUUUUGCAACGGUCUCAAAGACCAGCAGUUCUUACCAUCUGGAAAUUUGGUAUUAUUUCAAUUAGACAAUUCACAUCGGUAUGGCUUAAAAUUUGA